AUGGCUUUGGCACUAACGAGAGGUUUGGGAGACAGCGGUGGUUUGGAGUCGGCUAACAGAGGUGGUUGUUUAAAUAACAAAGGGUCAUCUUUCUGGCGGACGUUGCCGGGAGACAGGUUUGGUUUGUCUAAUUUAUUAGGAGGUGUGGCGGAAGACCGCAAGGCCGCACCUGGACCACCGCAACGCCAAGCUUACACACUGGCACCCGGUGCCUGUCCGCCAUGAAUGACCUUUUCUCAGUGCUACUUGUCUUUAGAACCGGAACUCCGAGGAUACAAAUUAUCUAUUCAGUCGACGGUGUUUGCGAAGAGGCCAAAUCGACUUGGUGCAUUUACAGGGUUUCAUUUCCCCUCGAGGCGGCAGUAA